UAAGUCCUUGAUUAGGAGCGUGUGAGAGCUUUUGGUCCCAACUGGCUGUUCCUAUAGGGUUGUCACCGGGAGAACAUUUCUGUUAAUUGCACGGCUCUCUGACAAGGGAAACUUUGAUUUAUAGCUGCGUUGCACAAAUUAUGGUUUCCGGGCGCACAUGGAUUCGGUAGAACUUUGCCUCCCUGAAUCUUUUUCCCUGCACUACGAAGAAGAGGAAAUGGUUUAUACACACAGACAUGGUGUAAAUGUGAGGACGAACUCUUUUUAUGAAAAUAAAAACUUACCUUCAUGGCUUCUCUGCAGAAUGUCAAGCAAAGAUCGCCACAUUGAUUCCAGCUGUUCGUCAUACAUCAAGACGGAACCUUCCAGCCCAGCAUCCUUGACGGACAGCAUCAACCACCACAGCCCAGGUGGAUCGUCGGACGCCAGCGGGAGCUACAGUUCCACAAUGAAUGGCCACCAGAAUGGGCUAGACUCUCCACCCCUGUACCCGGCCGCCGGUCUCGGUGGCAAUGGCCCUGUUAGAAAAAGAUACGACGAUUGCUCCAGUACCAUCGCCGAAGAUUCUCAAACCAAGUGUGAAUACAUGCUAAACGCAAUGCCCAAAAGACUGUGUCUGGUGUGCGGAGACAUAGCGUCAGGUUACCACUAUGGGGUGGCAUCAUGCGAGGCCUGUAAGGCUUUUUUCAAACGGACAAUUCAAGGCAACAUAGAAUACAGCUGCCCUGCAACAAAUGAAUGUGAAAUCACAAAGCGCAGACGCAAAUCCUGCCAAGCCUGUCGCUUCAUGAAGUGUUUAAAAGUUGGCAUGCUGAAAGAAGGGGUGCGUCUGGACCGGGUGCGCGGUGGCCGACAGAAGUACAAGCGCAGGAUAGAUGCAGAGAACAGCCCGUAUCUGAAUCCCCAGCUCGUGCAGCCCGCUAAAAAGCCAUCUCUGUGGUCUAUUCUUUCAGAUAACAAGAUUGUCUCACAUUUGCUGGUGGCUGAACCGGAGAAGAUCUAUGCUAUGCCAGACCCCACAAUUCCCGACAGCGACAUCAAAGCCCUCACAACCCUUUGUGAUCUGGCUGACAGAGAACUAGUCGUGAUCAUUGGAUGGGCCAAACAUAUUCCAGGAUUCUCCACUUUGUCGCUCGCAGAUCAGAUGAGUCUCCUGCAGAGUGCAUGGAUGGAGAUUCUCAUCCUGGGGAUUGUCUACCGGUCCUUGACCUUCGAGGAUGAGCUAGUCUACGCUGAAGACUACAUCAUGGAUGAAGAUCAAUCAAAGUUGGCCGGCCUGCUCGAACUGAACAACGCCAUCUUGCAACUUGUGAAAAAGUAUAAAAGCAUGAAACUUGAAAAGGAAGAAUUUGUAACCCUGAAAGCUAUAGCACUUGCUAAUUCGGACUCCAUGCAUAUAGAAGAUGUAGAAGCUGUCCAGAAGCUUCAAGAUGUCUUACAUGAGGCUCUGCAGGAUUACGAAGCCGGGCAGCACAUCGAAGAUCCGCGCAGAGCCGGCAAGCUGCUGAUGACGUUGCCUCUUUUACGGCAAACGUCCACCAAGGCCGUGCAACACUUCUAUAACAUCAAACUGGAAGGAAAAGUCCCUAUGCACAAACUGUUUCUGGAAAUGCUCGAGGCCAAGGUGUGACUAAAAGCACCUUAGGCGUCCCCUCGAGUGCAAAUAUUCGUAGAAUAAGGGAAAAAAAAAAAUAUACGCAGUAUAAUUACCACGAGAAAUCACCUUAGUACUGAAUUAAAAGCAAGUGACUGCACUGAUAUUUAGCAGCAAGAAUGAAGCAGCUUCUGACCUUUUAUUCUGCUCCCUGUAAUGGCGCAGAUCUCUUCCCAUUUUUGUUGUUCUUUUUUUUUGUUGUUGCAGAACUUAAAAAAAAAAUCAUUCAUUUAGAGAGAUGGAAGCCAGGCCUGCCAAAGGACAAAAAAAUCCUUAGUAAGGAUGCCAUUGAAUUUAAAAUAAACUAUAAUGUCCCCAAAUGACAGAAGAAGUCAACGUGCGAAAGAAAAAAAAAACACACACACAAAAAAAACUAAAAACCACCAUAUCUUGCAUACAGGAAAGUACAAAGACUGAAUGCAGUAUUCCACGGAAUUUCGCAGAGCAGACUUAAGAAACCGUAAAAGACUUAGCGUUCGCCGCUUUAAUCCAUUCGACUUCCAUUUUUCCUUUAGAUCACUGGCGACAUUUGAUUCCGUCAUUGUUUUUUCGAGUCUUCCAGAUUUUUCUUGGUUAAGUAACAAUGUAACUUUUUUCAGGGAUAAUUUCUAAGCUUUAUCCAUCCAUGCAAUACUAAUAAAUAAUAAUAAUAAAAAAAAAUGUAAUAAAAUAAAUAAAAAACCCUGCAUAGCAAUGUUGGCUCGAGCAACAAUGAACAAUAAUGAAGGAUAUAUAUCUAUAGAAAAAUCCUUAGUGUUUUUUUUUUGUUUUUAAAUGUUUUCUUGUUAUAAACGGAGAUUAUUUUAUACCACUUUUCUUCCAUUUAUUAAUGUGGGUAUUUAUUCAAGCAAUAGUUGAAAGAAUGGUGCGUAUUAACACGGAUGCAAUUUAUGUUAUGUGCCAGUAAGAUCUGGAAUUCAAUUUAUUAAGACAUGGUAUACCUGUUAUAUUUGGAAAUGUUAAAUUGUACCUGCAAUGUAUAUAUAUACUGUAUAUAUAUAUAUAUAAAUAUAUAAAUGUAGUCUGACGUGCUUAGCACUCCCACCCGAGAAGAAGCUUGCAAAUUUCUUCGUUUCAUUUUUUUUUUUUUUCUUGGAAGGAAAAAAAAAAAAUCUUUCAACUUUCAACUAUUUAAAAAAUAAACAAAAGAAACGGUUGAAAAAUUACGCUACAGGCAAUAAGGCAAAAGGCCAACAAAAAAAUAAAAAAAUGUCUCUUAUGUAUAUCUCUGUUUAGACCACGUAAAAAAAAAAAAUAUAUAAUUGUAAAAAUGAUUUAAUUUAAAUUUUUUUAUGGCAAAUUUUAUACAAACGGCUACGGCAGUCUGUGUGAUUUUUUUCAACCCAUAUCGUUGCAGCAUGAAAACUGUUUGGGUUCUAGACUGUUAAAGUGGUGUACAAAGCCAACCCUCCCUUCAUUCCCUUACAGGCGGUAAUUAACCCAUUUACAAUGAUCUACAUUGAUGCUAUGCCAACAUACGAGUGUUAAUAGUUGCUCCCUGUAUCAUAUGAACACCCUUAUAAUAUGUACACAAACGUAAUUAAAAUUGUAAUCCUAACAGACAAAGAGAACUGUAGUUCGGCCUUUUUCCUGCUUGCUUACUCCAGAACUUUUGGUUGCGUUCAGUGUCGUCUUGUUCAUCUUGUGGUGUCCAUAUCCCGUGGUGCAAGCUUUUUUUUUUUUUUUGAUACAGGGUAGAACCAGAAAUCCCACUGGUUGUAUAAAUCUUCAGGAGCCUGACGGCACUGUCGAUAUGGUCCUUCCUGGUUAACGACGGUUCUUCCUAAUAUUCACCAUCAGACUGAAAAUUCGAUUGAAAGUACACAUUGGAGAAAAAAAAAUGUAUGUUUUUGUUUUUUUUCCGAAAUAGUUCAAAAAGAGUUCUUUAAGAGAACACGAUGUAUCUCAUUAAGAAAUCUUCCUACUUUGACCUGCUAAAUAAGACUAAUUUUGAACUGCUGUAAAUAGAGCUUCUACAGAACCAUGGCAAACCUUGACCUCGCUCUACGUUGGUUUUCUUUUCCCACGUUCUUUAUUUCCGUUGGCGCGUCCCAAGACUAUAACUUCUCUUUGUGCUUUAAACAGAAUCCGGCGGACUGGUGACACAUCAGCCGGGUUCUAUAAAUACUGUGUAUCUCUCAUUAGUAUAUAAGGAGUACUGUACAUUGUAGAGUGUGGUUUCUCAGUAGAGAAGUGACUAUAGUGUUUCUAGACAAAUCAUCAUUAGCAAUUCAUUCAUUCGCUGAAUACCUUGAUAUAUUAGAAUGGACAGGUAUUCAUAGAUCGGAACACCCAUUAAUUUCAGACAAAAUCAGACGAGAUCAAAAAGCUCACAACUCCUAGGAUUUUUUUUUUUUAAAAAGGUGCUGAUAUUAAAUAUCCUUUUAUAUAUUAUUUCUAGAAGGUGUUGCAAGGUUUAUGUUACAUCCGAGUCAUCAGUACGCAUACAUUACAUUCUAUACCGCGAGAGCUACUGAAUAUCGGUUCCAAUGCAUUUAGCAUAUAGACCUGUUUAAUCCAACAAUGUCACCAUUGUGAUAAUAUUUCAGAGUUUAUUAUACAAAAAUGAAAUGGAAUAGGAAAUAAACAAGCAUUAUACUUAUUAAACCUUGCAUGAUGGGAGUUAAUUUUAGUUUCUGUGGAAUAGCAUGGGGUUUAAAAAAAUCUUAAAUGGUAUAUAAUUUAAAAAUAUUAUUUAUAAUUUUGAUUUGUUUUAAAUUAUUAUUAUUAUUAUUAUUAUUUUCUUAUUUAAGGUUACGUGAUUGUGUGUCUCAAUCAGAUUGGAAAAUUGUAUUUAUUCCACUAUUUUGCAUUUAAAUGAUAUCAAAAAAAAGAUAUAAAAAAUUUAAAACUGCUAUUUUUCUUAUAGAAGAGAAAAUGGGUGUCGGUGAUUGUAUUUUAAUUAUUGAAGGGUCUUUGUUUACCUGCCUGCGGAAACAGCUCGCGGCAGACUUAUGAUGCAAAAGAUCAAGUAUAGGACAAAAUAAAUACAUAAAUAUGAUGUGAUCAAAA